AUGAGCAGCAUGCUUCAAGAGAUCAUGGCCUUUGUUUUAACCACAUCAGGGUGGGUGCUGGUGUCUUCCACCCUGCCGACGGACUACUGGAAGGUCUCGUCCCUCGACGGAACAGUAAUCACCACAGCUACCUAUUGGUCCAAUCUGUGGAAGACAUGCGUCACUGAUUCAACAGGAGUCUCCAACUGCAAAGACUUUCCCUCCAUGCUGGCGAUGGAUGGUUACCUCCAGGCCUGCAGAGGGUUGAUGAUUGCAGCUGUCUGUUUGGGGUUUUUUGGUUCUUUAUUUGCCCUCGUGGGGAUGAAAUGCACUAAAAUUGGAGGAAGUGAUAAAAAUAAAGCCAAGAUCGCUUGCUUUGCUGGCAUAGAUUUCAUUCUAAGUGGUCUCUGCUCACUUUCUGCUUGUUCUCUUUAUGCUCAUCGGAUAACCUCUGAGUUUUUUGACCCGAUGUUUGUGGCUCAGAAGUAUGAGCUUGGGGCUGCGCUCUUCAUUGGCUGGGCAGGUUCCAUCCUCUGCAUCCUUGGAGGAAGUAUCUUCUGCUUCUCAAUAACAAGUUCCUUUUCCAAAAGGCAGAGUCAGAUAAACUAUGUGUACAAGGGGCGUGUCUCACAUUCACACAUCUCCUCCUACACCAGAGGGCAAACGAAAUCUGUAAACGAGAGGCCGCCUGCAGAAAACAGCAGCCCCGCCAAGAUUCAGCACUUCGAUAGGAAUGCGUAUGUGUGA